AUGGUGCAGAUCCGUUGUCUGGCUUACCAUGCUGGCUUAUCAAACAAGUUGCGUGACGAUGUCCAGAAUCAGUGGAUGAAGAACGAAGUUCCUGUGAUAGCCGCUACAAUAGCGUUUGGAAUGGGUAUUGAUAAACCUGAUGUGAGGUUCGUUGUUCACUGGACAUGUCCGCAAAAUUUGGCCGCCUAUUACCAAGAAUCUGGAAGAGCUGGUCGAGAUGGUCAACGAAGUUAUUGUCGAAUCUACUAUAGCCUGUCCGAUAAGGAGUUUCUUCAUUUUCUAGUCAGAAGAGAUCUAGCCAUGCUCAAAGGGAAGAAAAUAUCGGAAACUGCCAAGAAGCAGCAGACAACAGCAAUACAACAUGGAUUAGAGAAGAUGGUUGACUACGCCGAAAUGGCUCAAUGCCGCCAUGUGUGCUUUGCGAAGUAUUUCGGUGAAACCGACUUACCACCAUGCCGAAUGCAUUGUGACUUUUGCAAAGAUCAGAACGGCACAAUCGCCAGAGCUUCCCAGUUUCAGACUGCGUGCUCCUCUACCAAAAUGAUGAAAGCGUCGAAAGGAAACUUUGAAAGUGGUGACCUUUAUGGUGGAGGCAAACGGGCACAUGAUGAUGACGACUAUGGAUGUAACAGCUCGGACGCUUGGGAGAGACUGGAGAAAGAAGAGGCGGCAAGAAUGCGCGAUGUUGUUCAUAGCGAAUUUGCGAAGCGUCGUAAGAUUGAGAGACAAAGAGAAGCAGAUCUCAAAGAGGUUUACAUUCCCAGCACCGAGUAUCCAAUCAAGGAACCCAAAGCUAAAACUAUCCCGAAUCUAGCGCCACAGGUACUGCUUGAUGUUUUGGUACCGAGUUCUUCUUGGGCACAUGAUGAUGACGACUAUGGAUGUAACAGCUCGGACGCUUGGGAGAGACUGGAGAAAGAAGAGGCGGCAAGAAUGCGCGAUGUUGUUCAUAGCGAAUUUGCGAAGCGUCGUAAGAUUGAGAGACAAAGAGAAGCAGAUCUCAAAGAGGUUUACAUUCCCAGCACCGAGUAUCCAAUCAAGGAACCCAAAGCUAAAACUAUCCCGAAUCUAGCGCCACAGCGAAGAGAAGAAAUGGUUCGUCUAAUAAGUCAAGCACUGGACGCUAAUUGGUUAUUGUUCGAACGCCCCUGUGAGACAACGGAAGCGGCCUCUUCGUUGGAAUGGUCAAUCUACAGGAAUGCAAAGACAUUGACAACUUACCAACAUAAAACCGUUGCUAAGGUCACUGAGAUCAAGAAAUUAACAAAGGAGUGUGAGCAGUAUAUGUUUGAACAAGAACUCGCGGCAACGUCGUCAACGUCGUUUGUGUCGGCUGUCACUAUG